GAAAAAUUAGUGAACAAAAGUAUGUUAACUAAUAGGCGAUAACUACAAAUUUGGAUAAUUGUACCCUGAAGAUUACAAGAUAUCCAAGAAGCUUCUAUCCAUCUUCGAUAUCAAAUGCAAUCUAAUAUUGAUGUGUGAAAUUAUUAAAGGAAUUAAAUCACUCAAUUUAUGAUCUCUGCUGCACAUUUUUUCUUCAAAUGCCACCACCAAAAUUAGUCUCCAAUCAAAUUCCAACAAAAUUCUCUUUGGACUUUUAACGUCACAACAAUCCAUCAACAUCAUCAACAACUCCAACAACAACAUCCCGCCCUUUCAUCAUUCAUCACCAAAUCUAAUAAACAUCGACCUAAUGACUAUGGCAGAAGGUACUGACCCUAUGGGGCAUCACAAUGCUGCUUCCCAUCAUCAUCAUCAUCACAAUCAUCAUUACAAUCAUUAUCAUCAUCGGUUGCAACAACAACAACAGUUGCAACAACAACAACAUCAUCAUCAUCAUCUCGAACAACAACAUGAAUUGCAACAUCAACAAGAAUUACACACAAUGGCCGCCCUGUCGAUGGUACAUCAACAAAAUUUGACAUCCUCCGGCGGUGUGACAAAUACAACAAUGACUGCAGCAACAACAACACCAACAGCGGCAGAAAAUAUCAAUAACAACAAUCAACCUUAUGUGACGAACAAUAAUAUGCCAUGGAAACAAAGGAAACGGAAACGUUUAUCAGCUGUUUUAGAUAAGUUACAUAACAACAAUGUUGCUAAUCAUUUGAAUAACAACAAUAACAACAGCAACAACAACAAUAACAAUAAUGUUGAUGAAGAUGGUUACAUUGCCAAACGCUCAAGUAGUGCUGAUGAAGAUUCUGGUGAAGACCUCUCGACUUCGGAAAGCCCACGAAUUAGUGUGAGUCCGCUUCAGUUGGCCGAAGUAAAUGAUGUGGACAAUCAGCUACAUGUUGACAUUAAGACUGAACAACUGCCAAGUCCUUAUGAUAGGUAUUUUCCAAUUCCGUCGCCAUUGUUUGGUUACUAUUUGCAUACGAAGUAUUUGAAUGAAGUAUUUCGUCGGCGUAAUGAUCUCUAUGCUGGUAGUGCAGCGCCAUCUACACCCAGUUCGAUGCAAGAUUCUCCGCCACAAAAGGCUCCAAGUGGUCAUCAAGAUCAUCCACCUCCAUCCCAAGCUCCACAACAACAACAACAACAAUUAUCACAACCAACACCUGCUCAAGCUUCAUCACCACCCAUUCCAUCACCCCGCAGCAUGAGUGAUAGUCGCCAGUCUCCAAAGCAACAACAGCAACAACAACUCCAGCAACAUCAUCCGGAAAGACAACCUAUCAAACAAGAAAUGCCACCACCACAGGAGCGUCCACUUGAUCUCUCAACACGGGGCAAGAAACUCUACACCCCACCCUCGCCCCUACCGCCACUCCCGCCCUCGCCAAUGGCCAUGCCACCACACAGCCCCCAUCAAGCCCACUAUCCCAUGCAACCACCACAUCCAGGCAUGAUCAAAUGCGAGAUUCCAAGUGGAGCUGCAGCACCACCUACCCUCCAUAUGCAACAUGGCGGUCAUGUUGGUGUACCUGUUGUCAAGGGUGACGUUGCAUCACCCACAACCAAGGAAUCCGUCGCAUGGCGUUACAAUCUCGACGUCUCACCUGUGGUCGAAGAGAUGCCACCCGGAUCGGAUGUCGCCUACGUUUGUCCAGUCUGUGGUCAAAUGUUCUCGCUGCACGAUCGUCUGGCCAAGCACAUGGCAUCACGUCACAAAUCCCGCAACCCGUCCACUGACAUUGCCAAAGCCUAUUGCUGCGAAGUGUGUAAUCGGUCGUUUGCCCGCUCUGAUAUGUUAACGCGUCACAUGCGAUUGCAUACGGGCGUCAAGCCCUACACGUGUAAAGUUUGCGGCCAAGUAUUCUCCCGCUCAGAUCAUCUGUCAACGCAUCAGCGAACACAUACUGGUGAGAAACCGUAUAAAUGUCCACAGUGUCCGUAUGCGGCAUGCCGCCGUGAUAUGAUUACAAGACACAUGCGCACCCACACCCGAUAUGAGGCUCAACAGAGAGGCACUAAUAAUAACAAUAAUAACAAUAACAACAAUAGUAAUUUGAAUAACAACAAUAAUAAUGGCAGUAGUGGUGGUAUUAUGGAUUCACCAAUUUUGACAGAUGUCAAAAUGAACAUCCCGCUGUUGGUGAAAAGUGAAAAUGAUCUCGCCAAAGGACAUCAUAAGUCGUCGCCAAUGCAUUUGGCUGGGUUGAGUAUGCCAUUGGUUGUUAAAACAGAAAGUGCUUAAAAAUUUUUAUUAUUUUUGAAGUUUUAAAUAGAUUUUUGACAGAUGUCAUUUUGUAUGACAAUUGGAUGAAAAAUCUCUCCUAUGGAGAGAUAAUGUAGGUUUUUUUUCGUAUUUAUAAUUUAAUUUAGUUUUUUUUUUAAUUUUGUUUUUAUAUAAAAUAAAAAUUUAAAGAAAAAAAAUAAAAUUGAGAUUCCUAAUGGAGAUUAGUAUUUAGAAUAUUUUAAUAAUAAUUAUUAAUUAUUAUAUAUUUUCUUAUAAAUGGCCAGAUAUUUUAAAUUAAAAAAAAAAAAAUAAACCACACACACUAAUAAAAGUCAGAAACGUUAUGGUCACUUGCUUCAAAGCAAAACAAAUCGAACAGAUCUUCAAAAGAAAUAUUAUUUUAUAAAACACAUAAAAAUAGUUAAGAAUUGAAGAUAAUCUCUGCCAAGACUGAGAAUAUUAUUUUUUAUAAAAAAAAUACAACAAUAACAAUAAUUUAGUAAUUUUAUUAUUUAUAAGUUGAACACACAUAAACACACAAAAAAAAAAUAAAAAGACACACUCAAACAUACGUAAAAAAGAAAGAUUUUCCCACAUUAUUGGAUCAAAAUUUCCGUCUCGAAAGAACAAUUUGCCCCUAAAAUUCCACUUUAAACAAAAGUCCCUUGAUUCCCACCCCAGUUUAUAUUAUGUAAAUUAUUAUUCUCUUGUAACGCUUACUCGAUAUUUUUAUUUAUUUAUUUAUUAUUUAAAAUUUUCCAUUCUUAAUUUUAUAAGUUUUCCAAAUUUAACAGCUAAAAGCAUCUAAAACUAUGCAAUGAUUUUUUGAUAAAUUCAUAAACCAUUCCCUAAAUGAAAAUUUAAUAAAAAAAAAAUAUCCUAAAAUUAAUAAUAGAAACACAUUAUAAUUAUUAUAAAACGAAGGUUGUGAAUCCUUAGCGUGUAGUAGCACAAAUUAAAAAAAUGCAUUAAAACAUAAAUAACAAUAAAAAACAAUACAAAAAGACACAAUACACAGUUAUACUUUUAAUUAAUUUUU